AUGGCUGCAACUGCAGCUAUCAAGCCCGCCCUUGUCGUGGUGGACAUGCAAGAAGACUUCUGCCCCCCGAAUGGCUCACUGGCCGUCCAAGAAGGCAGAGAGAUAUCAUCAACAAUCAACACUCUCCUCUCAAAACCAGGAUUCAUAACCCGAGUCCUAACCCAAGAUUACCACCCAAGGAAUCACAUUUCCUUCGCCAGCAACCACCCAGAACCAAACAACAAGCCCUUCAUAUCAAGCAUCACAAUGCAAAACCCAGCCCCAGGGAAACAAUCAGAAACCAAGCCCCAACAGCUCUGGCCAAUCCAUUGCGUAGCGGAUACACCCGGCGCAGCGAUAAUCCCAGAAAUCGACACAUCCAAGGCUGAUCUGGUUGUCCAGAAGGGUAAGCACCCACAGAUUGAGAUGUACUCUGUCUUUGCGGAUGCUUUUGGGAAUUGUGAUCUCAGUAUCAACGCUCAGUCUGUUAGCUUGGAUGUUGCGGCGGCUCUGAGGGAAAAGGGUGUUACGGACGUUUUUGUUGUUGGUCUUGCUGGGGACUAUUGUGUUAAGUAUACUGCUGUUGAUGCUAUUAAGGCUGGGUUUCGGAGUUGGGUUGUUGAGGAGGCUACUAGGUGUGUUGUGCCUGAUGGCUGGGGUGCUGUGAAGGGCGAGUUGGAGGCUGCGGGUGUUUCAGUUAUCUCUAUAAUGGAUCCAAUUAUCCACGGUAUAUAG